AUGGCACCGCCAGACGGUGACUUCGAGCAACAGCCACAGCGGUUGUAUAUCGAGCCAGAUCCAAACAACUUCACCUCAUAUCAGCGAGAGAUUUAUGCGUCUCUCCGUCGUCCCAUCUUUUCCACCUCUCCGUCCGAAUGGGAGGCACUGGCACGGUCGAAAGUCCCGGCUCCAAAUUUUGGCUAUGUUUACGGCUCUGCAAGCAGUGGCCGAACUCACCAAGCCAAUUUGGGUGCUUUUGAUCGAUAUCGCCUCCGACCAUCGAUGCUCGUCAACGCUACCCAACGCGAUCUGAGUGUCGAGUUAUUUGGCAUCAAGUACAAAAGCCCCUUGAUGGUCGCGCCGGUGGGCGUGCAGAACAUAAUGCAUCGUGACGGCGAAGAAGCCACGGCUCGGGCUUGUAAAAAGCUCCAGGUCCCCAUGAUUGUCUCUUCUGCCGCCAGUACGACGAUCGAGCAGAUCGCCGAAGUGGGCGGUGAUCGUUGGUUUCAACUCUACUGGCCACGACCACAACACGAUGAUAUCACGGCCAGCAUCCUCGGAUGGGCAAAAUCGAACGGAUAUAAGGUUCUCGUCGUGACGCUCGAUACUUUCACUCUAGGGUGGCGACCGACUGACCUAGACACGUCAUAUUUACCCUUCAUCUGGGGACAAGGGUGUCAAAUCGGUCACAGUGAUCCGGUAUUCUGCCAAAAGUUUGCCGAGAUGGCUCAAAAGGACUCGAGGAGUCAUGCCCAAAAGUUAGAAGAGUUGCAGACGAUGUUACAACGUUCCGGGUCAGCCUCUGGCGCGGCUCAAGGCCUCCAAGAUGUCGAUAUCCUUCAAAAGUCGAGGGCUUGGCUAGACAUCAUGAACUCGGGGACAUAUCGAGAAUGGGAAGACUUGAGAAUUCUCAGAAAGCUUUGGGGAAGUGAGCCUAUUGUCCUCAAGGGCAUUCAAACUGUAGCGGACGCGCGGAAAGCGAGUGAGUACGGUAUGAAUGGUAUCAUCGUUUCGAACCACGGCGGUCGACAGUGUGAUGGGGCAAUCGCAUCCCUUGACGCGUUGGCUGAAAUCGCAGCCGACGAACAAGUCCAGAAGUCUUUAACCAUUCUCUUCGAUAGUGGGAUCCGUACGGGAAGUGACGUUCUGAAAGCACUUGCUUUAGGCGCAAAGGCAGUAUGUAUCGGUCGCCCAUACAUGUACGGACUUGCCAUUGCAGGCGAGGAAGGCGUCGAGCAUGUCCUCAAAUGUUUACUCGCUGACACGGACAAUACGCUCGGAAACAUGGGUAAGAAGAGCACCAGAGAGCUUAGUAGACAUGAUUUGCAGAUCAAAUCGUAA